AUGGCGGAUUUUGACUACAUGUGUAAGUUCUGUUUCACCUUGAUGGACGAAGAUGGAGACGGCAAGGUCAAAGUGUCCCAGCUAGGCACAAUGCUUCGCAUGCUGGGGCAGGUGUGGUCAUAUGCUGCCAUAUUAACUGUUGAAAAUGAGCUCGGUAUUCGACCGGUGACGCUGGAGACCUUUAUGCGGAUUGCCAAGAAGAAGAGGCAGGAGGAAGCGAAGGCACGAAAGAAACCUUUGAAUGAGCAAAUGCUACGGAUUCACAAUCUUCGUAAGGACAUUGGCCUAAGUCAGGAGGAGAUUAAUGAACUCAAGGUUUGUUUUGAUGUUUUCGACCCUGAAGGCCGAGGCAUCUGUUCCGUGAAGGACGUUAGUCAGGUGCUUUCUUGUCUGGGUGAACAGCUUACGCCCACGGAUAUCGACAGGUUGUUGACCCUCGAAAAUCUGGACCGUGCCGAGUAUCUGCGGUUUUCUGAUUUCUGCGCCUUGUUCAGCUGUGCGCAGAAUUAA